GGUGAUCCGUGUACGAUAUCAUCAUCUUCAGAAUGGCAAGAAACUGUCCGAUUAAUCAAUAUAAUUAAGGACAAUUUUCUCAUGAUGCAUAUUUUUCAUGGGAAGCCACCGGCGCCAGGAAAACCAUGUGAUGGUGAAGACCGUAGUAUUUACAGACGUGGCGCCAGAAGGUGGAGGAAGUUGCAUUUGAUUAAUGGCCAUGCUUUUGCUGCAAAGAGGCUAAACAGGGUAUGA